AUGGACAUAUACCGCCUUCUCAACUUCCAAAGUCCCUCGCCAGGUCGUACUAAUACAGCCACCACAGCUACUGCCGCCAACGACCCAACAGACGAUGAUUACACUGGGGCUACAAUACCACAACUGCCGCCUUCGCCACUCUUUGACACAUACAAUAACCUCUUUGCCUUCCUCCGCAACUUCCAUCUUUCCAAUGGUGCCGCAAUAGUGAAAGGAUCCAGCUCCUCAAGACGGGAUAUCGGGGGCAGUAUGCAACCAAGCUACAUCGUCUUCAAAUACGACCGCAGCCCGCGACGGACGUCGCAAAGCUCCGGUCUCAGGAAGCCGUCAUUACAGAAGCUUAAUUAUCCCGUCAGCCAGCAUAACCACGGACAGUCCCUUAAUCCAUCAGCGCAUAAUAUCUAUCGCCGCCGCACAGUUACUCAGCAACAAAAAGAGCGAGAGCUAGCCAGCGAGAAUGGUAUUAGGGCCCGCGAGAUAACUAGCAUUAUUAGAAAAUCCGACAACUUAGGCUAUCAUUAUUUUCGCACAAGAGAUAUCUACAAUAAUCGCCAAACCAUCAAACGCAAGCGACUUAACGGCCUUACAGCUACUCAAGCCCUCGUCAAGGAGCUUAAGAGCGGAGGUAUAAGAGUCAGAACCUUGCGCGACGCACUUGACCGCGUCUGCGCCGUCUUUUGGACUUAUGACUGGUGCCGCACGAUGUGGAAGAAGUUUUCAGAGGUGCUUGAUCAGAAGUCCCUGGCCAACUUCGCCUUCGGCCUUAUAAACGGCGAAAAGGAGCACCACUUUCAGUGGCUAUGUGACCGACUUGACGAGCUUCGCAUAGACAUUGGGGCAGACACGCCAGAGAUCAUCAUCACAGACAAGGAACAGGCUCUCCGCGCAGUCCUCACGAAGACCUUUCCAGAUGCCCAGCAGCAACUAUGCGUAUAUCACAUUUUGGCCAACGUCCGAGCUAAAAUUAACGCCCGCUGGAAGGACACUGGCGGCGAGAUUACGACGCCAUUAAAUGCCGACCAGCUCCAACCAGAGCUAGAUCUUGAUCUCGCCGCCCGGGGCCGUGUACAAGACGAGGCAGAGGACGGGCACGCGACUCCCUCUGAUGACUACAACCGUGAGGGCAAGUUCACAGCCUUCCAAGCCGUGGUCUAUGCCGCUGAUCACCAUACGUUCAAGGGACUCGGGCAGCAAGGGCACAUCCUGCGAUAUAUCCAAAAGGAAUAUAUGCCGUGGCGCAAGCAGUGGGUGAAGUGUUACAUUGACCGCUAUCGGAACCUCGGUCAAAGGGUCAAUAGCCCUACCGAGACCGCCCAUGCAGACGCCAAGUCUCACCUGGUGACAGGCACGGGAGACCUCCUUUACCUCCACCAAGCCCUUGUCACGAUAAUUGAUAACAAGUCUCGAUCCUAUCUUCAAGAGGCUGCGAGACAGAUUCAGCGUCAGCGUGAUCAAUACCUCAGGCAGGAAUGGCUUGGCAAGCUCAACCUGCAGAUCACAUAUCCGGCCAUUGACCUUAUUGCCAAGCAGCAUCGCUUUGCCCUCGCCGCCCUGCCUGAUCAGCGCGAGCCCAAACCGCUACACCAUUGCACGGGCAACUUCGAGCACCAAUACGGCCUGCCUUGCAGCCACCCUCCAAAAGCCAACACUGACGAUAAGCUACUUGAUAUUCGCGACCCGGCUGUUGUCAUCAACGCACGAGGCAGGCCGCGCCUGAAGGCCGACAAGAAGCUCAAGGUCCCGCGAUACCUCAAGAUCGCGGAUUACACCUCCAAGCCGGGAAGUGAUGCCGACGAUACGGAUGACGAUGAUGCAGAAGCUGAGCCUGCACAGCGAAGUCGAGGCAGGUUUUCUGCCAGGGGCUGUGGCAUGAACCAACGGCCAAGUGAAAAUGCCAGCCGAGGAACGCGCCGAACGAACGCAAGUCUUCGCCGUGACCGCUCUCAAUUCGAGCUUGACGAACUAGAGUCACUUGCGUCGCAAUCGUCGCAAGGCAACAAGCAUCGACGAGUCUGUGGCGGGAAGGCAGGACGAAGUCGCAGUGUGUCCAAUAGUGUAAUAUUACCAUGUAUAAUUAGAUUUUAG